CCACACGCUCCUCUGUCUCAGAAAAAACUACUUCUUUACUUUACACCAUAGAGUUCUAGAUCUUGACCACCCAAAACAGAAUCUUAAAUCACCACCAAUUUUUUUUUUUUUAAAUCCCCACAGUAAUUCUCACCUCCUAAUCAGUGGAGAGUUUUAAUCAUUGAAAGUAACUCAAACCCACUUGUUUUUUCCACCUGUAGUUUUUAUAUUUGCAUAGGAUCCUUUCAAAUUCUGUGCCCAGUUCCUGACUUCUUGCUUGUUUGACCUGUUGGGUUUUCAGUUUCUGAGAUGCUGUGAGAGGUUUUUAGGAUCAUCAAGCUUUUUGGGUAACUUUUACAUGUGAGAGGGUGGAGAUUUGAGGAUCAUUUUACUUUGCUUACAUAACUUUCCUGAUUUCUUGUGCUCUGAAAGUACAUGCAUGCUUUAUUUAUUUCAACUGCUUCUGCUUCUGCUUCAUUAUUAGCUCAUUAUUAACUUACCUGGGUCUCCAUUUCUGUUGGGAUGUUUCUGUACAAAAAAAAAAAAAACACGGUAACAUUUCCACAAUUAUAUAAACAAUUCUUGUUGUACCAGCUUUAUCUUGAAAGUACUAAUUUUGGGUUAAAUAAAAUUACUGGGUCCUGCUGAUUAACAGUGCAUAAAUAUCCGGGUCUCCUCUGCUUUUUGGCUCUGUUUCUUGAAUAGUAAAUCUCCCUCCCUCUCUCUCUCUCUCUCUCUCUCUCUCUCUUGUCACUUCUCUCUCAUAUUCUGUAUCUCAAUAUUGCAUCUUUCUCUGAGAAAUGUUCAUUUCUACUGAGAAUGAACAGAUCUCAGUUCCUUCAAAUAAUGGGUGCUUAGAAUCAGCUCCCAUGGAAUCAAACCCGGAUUCCAGUGAUGGGUUGCCGCCUGUUUCUUAUUUAUCGGAUUCACCACCUCUUCCGGCCACUUGUACCGACGUCAAUGUGGUGCCGGAGCACGAAAAGAAUCAGCUUCAGCAGUCAAUCUGCAGUCUUGAAGGAGAAAUUGCACAGUUGAAGGUGAAGCAGAAGCUAUGGGAUGAGAAGAGGAGAGAAGCUUUGAAUAAGAUCAUAGACAUCAAAGGCAGUAUUCGAGUGUUUUGUCGAGUUAGACCAUUCCUAGUGAUCAACAAGAGAAGAAUUCGCGAACCCAUUUCAGCUGGAUCAGAGAAGAUUGUGGUGAAGUCUUCUGGAGCAAGAAAGGAAUUUGAGUUUGAUAAGGUCUUUCCCCAAGAAACAAGCCAAGAAAAUAUAUUUGCUGAGGUGGAACCAAUUCUCAGAUCUGCACUUGAUGGUCAUAAUGUGUGUGUUUUUGCUCAUGGUCAAACUGGCACUGGCAAGACAUUUACCAUGGAUGGCACAAAUGAAGAGCCAGGAAUAAUUCCUAGAGCUCUCCGAGAGAUCUUCAGUCAAGCCUCGUUGGAUUGCUCGUCUUCUUUAACGUUUUCGAUGAGCAUGUUGGAAGUUUACAUGGGCAAUCUCAGGGAUCUACUGUCCCCAAAAGCAGCCUCAAGACCACAUGAAACUGUAACAAGAUGCAAUCUCAGCAUUCAAACAGAUACAAAGGGUUUCAUAGAAAUCGAGGGUCUUACAGAAGUUCCGGUUCUUGAUUUUGCUAAAGCUAGAUGGUGGUAUAAUCGGGGGAAGCGAGUUAGAUCUACUGCUUGGACUAAUGUGAACGAGGCAUCUAGCAGGUCUCACUGCUUAACGAGGAUAACCAUAUUCCGACAUGGAGAUGCUUUGGAAGCCAAAAGGGAAGUGAGCAAACUAUGGUUGGUUGAUCUUGGUGGAAGCGAAAGAUUGCUUAAAACAGGAGCAACUGGACUAACACUGGAUGAGGGAAGGGCCAUAAAUCUUUCUCUCUCAUCUUUGGGGGAUGUUAUUGCUGCUCUGAGAAGGAAACGAGGCCAUGUGCCUUACAGGAAUAGCAAACUCACACAGAUCCUUAAAGAUUCCUUAGGUCAUGGUUCAAAGGUUUUGAUGCUUGUGCAUGUCAGCCCAUGUGAAGAAGAUGUUGCGGAGACAAUCUGUUCUUUGAGCUUUGCAAAGAGGGCAAGGGCUAUAGAGAAUAACAGGGACAUAUCAGAGGACCUGAAGAAGCAAAAGGAGAAAAGGAUCAAGGAGCUUGAAAAUGAUAUGAGAGAAGCAGAAGAAGAAUGUCAGAAAGUUAAAAAUCAAAUACAGAAGGCUGAGUUACUGUUACAUGAAAACAUAAAGCUCUUCUCAACCACUCAUAGACCUUCUGAAGAUGAGGAGGCCCCCAUUAGUCCCAAAGAAGUUGUGAAGGAAGUCAUAGAAACACCUCGAAAGCCUGAGAAAGCAAGUAGAGGAACUGCAAAUUCUUUGCCACGGUUCAUGACUUCCACUGCAGCCAGUCGACAUAGACAAAAUGCUGUAGAAAGACAGAUUGCUGGCAAAGCAAGAAGCUUGAGAUCAUAUGUGACCAAAAGCUCAAUCCAAUUCUCGGCUUCACAGUCAAUGAGUUACUCCUCAGAUGCUCGGUUCAGAGCCAUUUUGAAAAAUUCAAACAGAAAGUCCCGAUAUUCACUGGAAACAGAUACUGUCCCUGCAGAGAGUCCCAGGUGCCCUGUCCCUGCAGAGAGUCCCAGGUGCCAUGUCUCACAGCCGUCCAAGGCGGCUGCCCCGGUGCCACGAAGCAAGCUGGUCACUUCAUCGGAUCCAAACUUGAAAGUCAUGCUUAAUCGUCAUAGAAGAAGGAUGUCUGAUCUAAUCUAACUAUGUAAGUGUGAGGAAGAGCUCGAUUGUUUGCUAAUGGUUUCCGGUACAGUAUGAAUAAUAUUGGUGUGCAUGUUUUCGGGUUUGAUUCUCAUUAGGUUUUUCUGCAGGAUUCUAUAGGGAUUGUUGUGUGAUAAUGACUCAGGGUGGUCUGAUUAGGGUUGUUGCUUGCUGGGGGUCUGUUAAAUAUUUGCUUACACGACCCCUUUACACGUUGAUUUGGUUAGGCUUUCAUAUCAAUGUAGUUGAUUGUUGUCAGAAAAUUGUAAACCAUGUGGGGCACUUUGUUUAAAGUCUGUUUUCGGACAUGUAGAAAGAUAGAUCAUUAUUUGCUUGAAGCCUUGUGACACACUUCAUCACUUUUGGCUCAUUGAUUCUA